CACUAAAAAUUCCGAAACAGAUUUUGAGUACCGAGGUUUUGGAAGUUGUCCUUUCUGCUCAUAACGUUCCGUUUAAGCCAAACCUGUUGAUAUGCCACAUGCCAUUACUAGCGUAUAGCACGUCUCUGAAUACGGCUAAAUCAAGAUGCACGGCAAGCCUUCGAAAGCGCCUGCACAAACUAUUUGCAGGAGAUGAAUCUUGAAAGAAGAAAUGUGGGUAUUAUGGAUUUGUAGAGCAGGUAAACUAACUGGGUAAUAUGGAUUUGUAAAGCAGGUCAAUCUAAGAAGAGUAUUAACAACAAAUUUGGUGAUUCAGAGGAUGGCUAGCGGAGAAUGGGAAAAGCAAGCUGCACUGCAAACACCCAAAAGAUGGCCUGUUGCAGAGCAACGAUUCACAGCCAAAAAACCCAAAUCUUUUUCCUUCCAAAUUUCAAAUCCACUCCCCGUCAAAUCUGAUAAUUUAAAAUCCUCCCUUUUGGAUUCAUUAGAACAUUAUGUGGUAACUCAAUCUUCUUAUAAAAAGAAGAGAGAUGAUCAGUUCAAAUUCAUUGAGUCACAGUUGAUCAUAGCAAAUAAAGAAACAAAAAAAUUGAUUGCAGAGAAAAGACAGCUUGCAAAUGAAUUGCACACGGCUGCUCAAGAAUUGGAACGUAGUAAACGAGUAUUUGAUCAAUUGAAAGAAGAGAAGGAUAAGAUAGCUGAUGAGCUUCAAACCACCAAGCCGGAGAUUGAGAAAUGCAAGCAAAAAACUGAACAGAGUAUGAAGGAUUUGAACACAAUGAAAGAUGAGAUGAAAUAUUUGGGUGAAGAGAAAGGUUGGAUACUAAAAGAGAGAGAUCAAAUAGCCGACAGCUUGCAAAAAUCGGAGCAGAUGGUUGAAUAUUACAGACACAAGGGUACCCAGUUGAGGGAAACGCAGACAAAGUUUGAGAAGUUCAAAGCUGUGUUGAAAUUUGCUAUUGAAGAGAAGAAUCGAAUGUCAGAGGAGAAGGACAAAAUAUCAGAUGAAUUAAAGAAGGCCCGUGAGCAUUCUCCAAAAGAUUCUGAUACAGAUGAUGAUGCUUUUAAUUGCCUUAUUUGCAUGGAACCAUGGACUGAAUCUCAUUCUGGAGAGCAUAAUAUCUGGGUCACAGGAAGAUAUAUAACUUUCAUAAUUGUGGAGUUGCAGCUCCCUUGCUUGUGGGCACUUUUUUGGCAGGUCAUGCAUUAUGAAAUGGAUUAAGCAACAUUGCGAUGGGAAUUCGUCCAAGUGCCCAACAUGCCAGAAAAAAGCAACACUAAAAGACCUAAGAAAUCACUAUGUGCAGCAUAUCUCCAUUGGAAACGGAAAGAAUCAAUAGAGAGAAUAUUCUUAAUAGCAUGUCUUAGCAGAAGGAUAUGUAUUAUGGCUUAUACUUUAUCCAUGGAAGUAAGAUAUCUAUGAAAACAUACUUGACAGAUAAAUGGAUAUAUAAGUGUUAAUCAGGAUCUUAUCAUGCGCAUAAGUUACAAACUAGCACUGCAGUGUUCUAGUUGGGGAGUAGUUGGGGAGUAGAUUAUCAGUUGUUAUGCUAUGAAUUUUAAAUACUAAGAAUACAAUAUGUUGAGGACCUAUUAAUUUGGAUUCCUCCUCGCAAUGAAGGGUCUUUGGGGAAUAUCCAACCUUGACCAAAAGGGCCACCAAAGAGCACCAUUCAUUGAGUUGGUGUGUGGUGCUUCUGAAUUUUCUGAUAUUGAUGUCAUGCAUUGCCCCUUGUUUCCGAAUUUCAAAUGCAAUGGUGAAAAUAAUAUGUUUCCACCCUUCAAUUA